UGGCCUAUCAAACUGUUCCAGUUAAGAAAAAAUCCCAUUUGAAUAAUAUUAUUUUAUUUGCUUAAGCGGCAUAUGAUGCAUUCGAAAAUGGUGAAUUUGGGCUGAAAAGUACAGACAUAUCUGAUCAUGUCGCUUAGAACUCAAAGCACGAUGCACUUUACUCUGCUGAGUAAGAAUGUCCUGUCGCCAGAGGAACAAGAGUUGUAUGAACUGGCAGACCUAGCCGGCGUCGUUAUAGAUCCCGCGGUCUUCAAAAUUGUCCUUGACCUUCUGAAGAUGAAUGUAGCACCAACGGCAGUGCUCCAGAUGCUGAAGUCUAUGUGUGGUCAAAGACGAAAGAAAGCUCAGACUGUCGGAGGAGACCAUUCAGCCCCAGAUCCAUCUUCUCAUCUCCCCACACGAGCCCGAGAUGAGGGUAAAAGCCUCCACUCUACACAUCGUGUCCGGUCAGGGAGUCCAGAUCAAUCCUCACAACUUCCUGCAAGGUCUCGCGACGAUGGCAAAUCUCAACAUUCUGCACAUCGUGUCCGAUCAGGUAGUCAUGGGCGGACAAUGGCAUCCCGAUCAGAUCCCAGGAAAUAAUUUUCAUAAUUUACGGUCAAUGCUUUUGUAUAAUAUUAAAUAUUCUGAAGUGCUCAGUCUUUCAGGAUGAUACAGGAUGUUUGAGAAAGGGACUUGUGGUGGAUAUUUUUGACUAUUUGCGAUCUUCAUCAUCUUGUUAUUAAUGUUUUUGUAUGAUAUUCUUAAGUGCGAAAACUGAAUUUGUAUCUUCACUAGCCAACGCUUCAUUUCUUGAAUUUGGUGUAUCCAAAUGACCUCUUGGCUAGCUUGAUGCCGAGUUUGUGGUAAACAUCAAAUUUUGAUUGUGAUAAUUUAUUUUUCCGCUUUGUGUGGAUAAAAUGAAAAAAGCUAAAAAUUGUGUGAAAGAGUAUGUUAUGACUAUUUGUCUGAAAUAUUGUAGAAAGUAAUGUUUGAAUGAGAGGUUAGUAGACAGGAAUAAGUCAAAGCAAGACAUUUUAUAUCAAAGUUCAGUCAUUGACAAUGCUGAUCUCAAUGUUAUGUUGAAUUCAUUGAAAAAUAGGUCAUGGUCUUAGUGCUGUGCAUGUUAAUAAUUCAGACAGAAACAUAACUAAUGUCUUGGAAAUUAAAAAUUCAUCUUAAAAUAUGUUCAAUUUUGAGAAACUAGAAAUAUGCAUAUUUUUCCUUUUGCUUAAAUUAUAAACAGGACGAAAGUAUGGAAAAACUGGUUUUGUGGUGGAAAUAUGAUAUGAAAAAAAUAAAAUUUGUUGAAAGUC